AUGACAGAACUCCUGAUUAACGAUACUGUUAGAUUAAACAAACUUCAUACGAAUCCUAAACGAGGACAUCGAUUGGGGACAGCUUCGGCAACAUGGAAGAAAAUUAAAUCGGCAACUUCAGGUGUUGCAAAUUAUCAAUCAACCCCAUCAAAUGGAACCAAUGGGUCCGCCAGUAACUCAGAUGAAGAAACAACAGAAAUUGAUGUUGAGGCUAUAAUUGAAAAUGGUCCUUCCGGAGAAUUACUUAUAUUAUUCCCUAAUGAACGAAAAUUGGAAAUUUGGGAUUGGUCGUCACCUAGUAAUGAUUGUUCAAGUGAUGGAGAUACUUUAUUCUUACAAAAUCAAAUUAAUAUCAAUUUAGAAAUCACAACAGAAAUCAAUGUCUUUAAACUAUAUCAGAAAUCUCAGGAUGAAUAUCACGUACUCAUAAUAUGUACUGAUGGAAUUGAUUAUUUUUUGCAGUCUCAUUCAUUCACCAUACAUAAUAGUGUGUCAAAAGCUAAUCUGUCAUGUAUGCUUAAUAAAUUCAACCAAGAUACACUAGAAUUCACAAUCAAAUCAAGCUCAAAGUUUAUUUGUGUAGGGAAUAAUCAAGGAUUCCUCUCACUUUUUGAAUUUAAUCAGGAGACAAAGGAAAUAAUACCGGCAAAUGAUGGUAUGAAACUCGCAAAUAUUUGGAAAAGACUGUGUAAUCCCAUAAUAUCAAACCCUUCAUUCCAAGGAAAAGUUUCCGAUAAUGAAUUAAUGCUUCGAACUAGCGUUAACGGGGAUCUGGUACCGAUAUUUGAUAUCGUUGAUAAUUGGCUUGUUUAUUCUCCUACAAAAUUUGAAUAUAGACAUCUAAAAGCAAGUAAUGAUAGCUCGAUUACUCGAAAAGAGAUCCCUCAAUCUAGUUUUGAUCCAAUUGUUUCCAAUUAUAGUAGUAAUGGGGAGACAGCAAAAUUGAAGAAUUCAAUGUUCACACCUAUGAAAUUACCAAUGUCAAAACCAUUAUUAGCAAAAGUAUUUUCAUCCCUAUCUAAUACCGCAUUAGAUGGGUUGUUUAAAUUAUCAGAAGUAUCAUCAGCAAAAUUUAAAGCCUAUAUGGGAAACAACACCAAUUCAUCUAAUAAAAAUGUCGAACCAGCAUCAAUUAAUUCAAUUAGUAAAUCAAUUGGGAAAUUAUUAUAUUCAACUGCUUCAACCACAGCAACUAGUUUACAAAAUAGUACUAAGAAUUUAAAACCAAAUAAUAAUCAAAUAUUAUGUAUUCUCGACCUUGGAAAUGAUAAAGUAAUGGGAACAUUCAAACCACCAGGAGGUGUUUCUCAAGUCUCCCUAUCGCCUUAUGACUUACAAUUGGUUCAUGCAAACGCAAGAGGGGAUUCUUUAUAUAUGUGGGAUUUAUAUCGAUUACCGGUUGAAAUUGAAGUUAUAGGUAAAUUCAUCCGAGGGAAAACUUCAGGAAUUAUAGAAGAAAUAUUUUGGUUUGUAAAUAAUUAUGAUUCAAAACAAAAUGAAGGUGAUAUAUUUGGAAGUAAUUCUGGUUUUGGCGUGAUUACAAAAUCAACUGGUUCUGUUCAUUGGUAUAAUAUAAACUAUUUAUCAGGUAGUCUUAAUAAUAAUCAUCCUAAUAGUUUUAGAAAGAAGACAACCAAACAAACAACAGCGGUGGCGCCGGGGAAAUUUAUGGAUUCUUGGAUAUUAUCAUCGUUUAAAGCAAAACAAUUUGCAGCAAUUCCUAGUGACUUGAGAAAAGAAAAUCUAAAUCAAUUGGCUAUUAUCGAUAACAACAAUUAUUUGAAAUUGAUAAGUCCUUUAAAUGGACAACAUUUCUAUCGCUUUGAAUUACCCAAUUGUCCAGUUUCUUCAUCUUGUGUACCACUCUUGGACGAGGAUAUACAAAUGAAUGGUGAUUAUGAUUUGUUCCAACAACCCCCGGGUUCAAAAUCAGUCACUCCAUUAUCACAAGCUGAAAUCCAAACUUGUUCACCAUUCCUAAAUUUGAUCAACAAUAAUCGGAUAGAAUUCGCAUUAUUGGAACAAGAUUAUGAAACGUUUGGAAAUGAAUUUGGAAAUCAAAUCCCGGAAACAAUUAUUAAGUUCAGUGAAAAUGAACAACCCAAUUAUAAUUCAAUAAAAUCUAAAGAAGUAUUAAAAUUGAAAGAAAGUGAUCUUCCUUCAUUUGGGAAAUUAUAUAUUGAUCAAGAUGAAGAAAGUGAUGAUUGUAAAGAUUAG